AUGUCAUCUGAUCCAUUAACUUCAAACGCACGUCCAGCAACAGAUUCAUUAAUUACAGUCCGAAUCAUAAAAUCAUUUCCUUAUAGAAACGUGAAAAACCAUAUUAUCAAAGAUAUUGAUUUGAAAUCAACCACUCCCAAAGAACUAUUAGAAAAAUUGCAUGAAAUUAUUAAUACUACAGGCGCUUUAAGACCAUAUAGAAAUGUUGAAUAUAAUUCAAUAAAGAUUUACACAAAAGCCCAUGGAUCAAAAUCUAUGAAUUUAGUUAUAAAUUUUGAAAAUGAUGAAGAUUGGGUUUUAGUAAACCCAAAUAAAAGCGGAGAUAAAGAAAGCUUGUGGGAUUUAGAUAUACGGAAUGAAACGGAAUUAAGUUUAUUCAAUUGGGAUGAUUACCUUGCAUAUAAAGAAAAUCCCGUUGAGAAAUGGUAA